GUAUGACUGUAUAUGUUUAAAAUAUUGAAACAAUAAAAUACAAUUUAAAAAAAUAGUUAUAACCGCUCAAGCUUCUGUGUUGGUAACCUCAAUGGCUUGUAAAAAGAACCCAGCUUUGGCAGAGGUCACUGUGACUUCAGCGCCAGCCCAUAAUAGACCUUAUGACAGAUGGAACCUGGGCUCUGUUCUGGCACCUCAGAUGUUGAAGAGGUCAGCCCAAGCCCUGCUGUUUCAGAGGAUUGGCAACUGAACGGUGUCUCUUCUCCCUAGUGUGAACUUUGAAGCACAAGAAGUCAUUUUCUCCCCACCCCAGGGACUGAAUAUCCUGCCUGUCGGCGACCAAGAUGCUGAAGAAAGUCAUCGGCUGGCUGACGAUCCGAAAUGAAACCAUCCGACAGGGGCUGGCAGAGGCUCUGUCCACCUUCAUCCUGAUGGUUAUUGGACAGGGCUCUGUUGCCCAGGUGGUAAUAGGAAAGAAUAGCUUUGGGGACUUUCUGAGCAUCAAUCUGGGAUUUGGACUUGGUGUCAUGUUAGGAAUUCACGUAGCUGGUGGAAUCUCAGGUGCUCACAUGAAUGCAGCAAUUACAUUUGCAAACUGUGUCGUGGGGAAUCUGCCAUGGUACAAGCUUCCGGCGUAUGUGAUUGGCCAGUUCGUGGGAUCCUUCUUGGCUUCUGCUACGACGUUUUCACUGUAUUAUGAGGCCUUGAUUGAUUAUACCGGGGGGACCCUGACUGUUGAGGGACCCACUGGCACGGCAAACAUCUUUGCCACCUAUCCGUCUCCGUACAUGUCGACUUUGGGCGGAUUUAUAAAUGAGUUCAUCACUACAGCUGUGCUAUUGAUUGGAAUCCUUGCCAUCAAUGACCUGAAGAAUGCGGGUGCGCUUCCAGGCACCCAUGCCUUGAGUGUUGGGCUGCUGGUUGCGGUCAUUGGCAUGUCCUUGGGGAUGAACACCGGCUACGCCAUUAACCCUUCCAGAGACUUGCCACCAAGGAUCUUCACAGCCGUUGCUGGAUGGGGGCUGGAGGUCUUCAGCGCAUCAAAUAAUUGGUGGUGGGUCCCAGUGGUCGCACCGAUGUUGGGAAGCCUCCUUGGAAUUUUCAUCUACAACAUCUUCAUCGACUUUCACAAUCGCCCUCGGCUGGAUGGGAGCAGGAAGCCAGACUGCGAGGGCGACGAGAGUGUUGAGCAGCGACUGUGAAAUCUGGACUCCCAUCAACCGGAAGCUGAAUUUGGGACUUGGGACAGAUCCAUAGCAGAAAGCUGUCUGCUGUGGCCACAGUGCCCUAGAGUGUGCAAGCAGAUAUCAAUCUGUGUUCUUAGCU